CUCGCUGCUGCUGCUGCACGAGGAGGCAGGCCGGUGUUUUUCCACUCAUGCUGCUGUCUAAUGGUCACCCGUACUCAAGAGACAAAGGUCAGAAAGAAAGAGCUUAUAAAUUAAAUUUUACCGCCACGGCUCUCAUUCAACGACCAGGCGCCGCACAAAACACACUCACACACAAGAGACCCGAGUCACUUCUGAAGGAAUAAAAGGAAAAUAGUCUGAGCCCUCAAGACGAUUUAAGGGUUGCCCCUCUGUCCAACAAUGUGGCAAGAACCCCUACUCUUGCACUGGCAUGGUUUCGGGUGCAUUCUCCUUCUGGCAAGCGUGAAAAACUCAACUCAAGCUGGACCAUCUAGCCGCUUCUGACUCCACGUCUUCGCUAGGAGACGAGGUAGACCGUGACAGCAUGGCACAAAAAGAGAAGCUCCAAUGUCUGAAAGACUUCCACAAAGACACUCUGAAGCCUUCCCCGGGAAAAAGCCCCGGCACCCGACCCGAGGACGAGGCCGAGGGUAAACACCCUCAGCGUGAGAAGUGGGCUAGCAAGCUUGACUUUCUCCUGUCUGUGGCCGGAGGCUUUGUCGGUUUAGGAAACGUCUGGCGUUUCCCGUACCUCUGCUACAAGAAUGGUGGAGGUGCAUUUCUCAUCCCAUACUUCAUUUUCCUCUUCGGGGGAGGCCUACCUGUGUUUUUCCUGGAGGUGGCUCUUGGCCAGUUCACCUCUCAGGGGGGAAUCACUUGCUGGGAAAAACUUUGCCCCAUCUUUACUGGUAUCGGCUAUGCUUCCAUUGUGAUCGUUUCCUUGCUGAACAUCUACUACAUUGUGAUCCUGGCCUGGGGCUUGUACUACCUGUUCCAGUGCUUUCAGCCGGAGCUUCCCUGGGCCAGUUGCAAUAAUCCAUGGAACACAGAAAACUGUGUAGAGGAUACACUCCGCAAGAACAAGACCCUGUGGGCAGCUGCAAACGCUACCAACUUCACUUCACCAGUCACUGAGUUCUGGGAGCGCAACGUCCUGAGUAUCUCUGACGGUAUCGAGGACGUGGGCCCUGUAAAGUGGGAGCUGGCUCUGUGUCUCCUUGGCGUUUGGGUCAUCUGUUUCUUCUGCAUUUGGAAAGGCGUGAAGUCUACAGGGAAGGUUGUGUACAUCACGGCAACCUUUCCGUUUGUCAUGCUGAUUAUCCUCCUGGUCCGGGGUGUCACUCUUCCUGGGGCAGCUGAGGGCAUCAAGUUCUAUCUGUAUCCGAAUGUCACCCGCCUCGAAGAUCCUGAAGUCUGGAUCGAUGCAGGGACGCAGAUUUUCUUUUCCUAUGCCAUUUGUCUCGGAGCGAUGACAUCACUGGGAAGCUACAACAAGUACAAAUACAACUGCUACAGGGACUGUUUGCUGCUGGGAGGCCUGAACAGCGGUACCAGUUUUGUGUCUGGCUUCGCAAUAUUUUCCGUCCUGGGCUUCAUGGCACAAGAGCAAGGGGUGGACAUAGCCGAUGUGGCAGAGUCAGGUCCUGGCUUGGCCUUCAUUGCUUACCCCAAAGCCGUGACGAUGAUGCCGCUGCCUACGUUUUGGGCCAUUCUCUUCUUCAUCAUGCUUCUGCUACUGGGUCUCGACAGUCAGUUUGUCGAAGUGGAAGGACAGAUCACAUCGCUGGUGGAUCUGUAUCCAUCCUUCCUACGGAAGGGUUACCGUCGAGAAAUCUUUAUAGCUAUAGUAUGCUUUGUGAGCUAUCUGCUGGGACUUACCAUGGUCACUAAGGGUGGCAUGUAUGUGUUUCAACUCUUUGACUACUAUGCAGCCAGUGGUGUGUGCCUUCUGUGGGUUGCAUUCUUUGAAUGUAUUGCAGUAGCCUGGGUUUACGGGGCUGAUAAUUUCUAUGAUGCAAUUGAGGACAUGAUUGGCUACAGACCAAAUCCCUGGAUGAAGUGGUGUUGGACUGUAAUCACGCCUUUGCUUUGUGUGGGAUGUUUCAUCUUCUCCUUGGUCAAAUACAAGCCUCUGACGUACAACAAAGUCUAUGAGUACCCUGACUGGUCCAUUGGAGUCGGCUGGACCCUCGCCCUCGCCUCCAUGAUUUGCAUACCAAUGGUGGUGGUGAUAAAGAUCAUCCAGUCUGACGGACCUCUCAUUGAGAGGAUUAAGGCGGUGGCAGCCCCGGUGCGGGGUGGGGCAAGUUCGUGCCCCCAAGAGUACCGUACGAAGAACACCGAGCUGGCACAUCCUCUGGACUCCAACAGGAACAAUGGCUUAAUCAAGCCCACCCACACUAUUGUAGAAACCAUGAUGUGAGCACUCUCUAUGAGAGGAUUCAAUAUGCUUUCCAUUAUAUAUAUAUAUAUAUAUAUAUAUAUAUAUAUAUAUAUGUAUAUAUAUGUAUAUAUAUAUAUGUAUGUAUAUGUAUGUGUGUAUGUAUGUAUAUAUAUAUAUAUAGUCGUAGGACCAGGUUUACAUAUGUCUGUAUCUGCACUAGGAGUCCUUUUUUGUUUUCUACAAAGCAAGUUACAUUUGUUUUUAUUUGUGAUUAUUUUAUCUUAAUGUUAUUAUUUUCACACAAAAAUAUCUCAAAAACAUAUAUAUUUUUUUGUUCGUAAUUAAUGGCAUUUAAAUUGUGUUUUUAUUGGAGUGGACAAAAAAGGCCCAUUAAGGGUCAUGUACAUGAAAAUUAUAAAUUAUAAAUAAGUGUACCCAGAGAAAAUGCCACUUUCAUCCUGACUUACAGUAUUUCUUUGUGGAUGUGAUCUUGUGUGGAUGUGAUCUUGUGUGGUGCAUAUUUAUUAGUUGUGCCCAGGAAUUCAAACUAAUUGGGCUUUCUAGACUAAAGCAUUACGGUAAAGUUGCACCAAGGACACUACUAUUCUUUUUUCUGGUGCGGAUACACUGAAACUGCCAUUGCACUAAAUGCAUCAAGUCUACAUAUAUUUCCACCGACUUUAACGCACAAAUGGUCACACUAACUCUUACCAUCACUGUAUUCAGCUGGAAAACCACUAAAAAUAAAUGGUAACACUUUAUUUGAACUUUAAAACAGAUUCAUACGCACUGACAAACAUACACACUUAAAGAAGUUUUUUAUACAGAACCAUGAACAUUCAAAGAACUCUUUCUAUGAUUUAAGCGUUCUUUGCAUCGUGAAAAGGUUCUUCAGAUUGAUAGAGAAUGUGCUG